AUGACCCAAGCAAGCUCUACCCUCUUAGCCUUGACCAUGGCGGGCGCAGGCUACCUAACAGCCCUCUGCACGACACCGCCAAAUCCCUCACCCUCCCAAAAAGACCGACACAGCACCGACCGCAUCACCUGGAUCGCUGGUGCUGGUGCCACCAUCGCCCGCCGCGCGACGCUCACAAUCUCUCUGUAUCACGCUCUCCUGACGCUGAUCCCGUCAUACGCGCCCGGUCGGCUUCACCAGAUUUGUCCGCGGCCCGAGAACCGAAAUAUGGCUGUCUUCACCUGGAGUCCGAUUGUCGUGGCGUCAUUAUUUAUAAUCUUCCUCGGGGCUUUUGUUCGGUUAUCGGCGUAUGGCGGAUUAGGGAGAAAUUUCACAUUCCAUCUUGCGGCGCCGGAUCAGCUUGUUACUAGUGGUGUGUAUCGGUGGAUGCAGCAUCCGAGUUAUACGGGACAGUUUUUGGUUUAUCUGGGGUGCAUGGGUGUCUUUCUGAGGUGGGAUGGGGUAGCUGGUUGCCAUAUUGGUAAGGAUAUCUUGGAUAGUUGGGUGGGGUAUGGGGUUCCGGUGGAAGUAAUGAUUGUGGUAUCGUCGUUGACUAUAAUUGAACUAAGGGUUAGAGAUGAGGAGGCCAUGCUGAGGCAGCAAUUUGGGGAGAAAUGGGAGGAUUGGCAUCGGAUGACGCCGAGAUUUGUUCCGGGGGUUUUCUGA